UUAACACGUCAAUGAAAUAACCAUCUGCUCCAGGGUGCCCCUGAGGUCCAGGUCAGGAACGCGGUGCCGCUGGCUCUGCGUCUGUGUCAGUGCUCAUGUCACUGCUCAGGGAGCCCAUUUUUCUAGAAUAAAAGAAUAAAACUCUGAGCUCUCUGCAUCCCCUGCUUAGUAGCCUUUGGAGGUCAAUGCGAUAUGACCAGUAAAACUCCCAGAAAGCAGAAGCACUGUCAUCACAGCCAUUUGUAGAGGGUCAGCGAAGCACACUUCAUGGACAUCAGUCCCUUAAUUAAGACCCUUCCUCCUCUAUGCGUUCCUCUUGCCAAAAUGGAUUUUUCUAGUUUUGUAUAUAGCCUGUGGCUGCAGAACAGCAGGGAAAGACUGACUGGUAUGCCUAUAUAUGUCUCAGAUAAACAGGACGGCUUUGGGUCAGCCCUGCAAUUCUUAUCCAACCCCUAAAAGCCUGAAGCCAUCAACACCCUUUGUGUAUUCCAGCUCAGUCAUUUAUUUCACCUUCUAAACACCAUGCUCACAUACCCAUUAUUGAAAUCUCCAUCAUUUCUGUGCUUAAGGAAACUUAAGCCUGCAGAAGCCCCUGGCAUGUCCUUGAUCUUCAGACCAUUCCUCUAAACACGACAGAAAUGACAGGCAUACACAAAUCAGGGUGGCGCACAGUGGUGCCUGACCUUUUCAUUUUAUGGGUUAGCCAUUUGGAGAAAACUGUUACGAUAGUUCACUGCUGGGAAUUUGAUUUGCUUUUCUGUUUCUGGUUGGGUUUUGCUCAGAAACCUUCAGAUUCCACAGACGUCGCCUCUCCCAAGACCUCUGCACCCCAUGAAGACACUCACACGAACAGGCAACUUUCUGCUACAAAAGCAGUUUUGGGAAAGGCUACCACAAACGGCUUCGUCUAUUCUGAGUGGGAAAAUCCUUCUAGAAAUACAGAGAUAGAAAAGCCUGUGAAGGAAAAUGAGAGCACCAAAGAGCCCUCUCUGCUGCAGUAUCUUUAUGUGCAGUCGCCAGCAGGAUUAAAUGGUUUCAACGUGCUCUUGUCUGGCAGUCAGAGCCCCCAUAGUGUGGGCCUGCCCGUGGGCCCGCUGCCCCCGCUCAGCGUUCCGUGCGUGGUCGUGCCGUCGCCGACGCUGGGUGCCUUUCCUGUUCUGUGCUCUCCCACGGUGCCCGGGCCGGGGUCCUCUGCUCCCAGCCCUCUCCCGAACGCGGGACCUGUGAAUUUUGGCUUGCCUGGCCUCGGAUCAACAGCCCAUCUUCUCAUCGGCCCUGCCACCCUGGUUAAUCCAAAGUCGUCCACACUCCCCUCCACCGACCCUCAGCUUCAGGGGCCAUGCUCACUUCACCUAAGCCCGGUGAUGUCAAGGUCACAUGGCAACGUGCAGCCUGGAUCCCCCGCUUAUGGAGGUCACCCAGCCCCCGCAGUAAAAUCACGACAGUCUCCAGUUCCAGUGACCCCCAAGAGCAUCCGGUGCACACACCAAGAGACGUUUUUCAAGACGCCUGGCAGCCUCGGGGACCCUGUCCUCAGGGGAAAAGAAAGGAAUCAGUCACGAAGCUCCAGCUCGGCACAGAGGAGACUGGAAAUCCCCAGCGGGGGUGCAGACUAACCUGAUGCUUUGCCCAGCAGAGAUGAGGAUCCACGCGCCUGAAUUUCCCUUUGUCACAGGUCAUGUCCUAAUGCUGAACCGAAACCAGCAUGCAUCCUUCCUCUCUCCUGCAUCCCCUGGUUCUAGUGUUAACUAUCCAUCUUCAUGAAGCAUCUAUAUUCCUGCAAGUAAUUGUUCCUAAUUGUGCAUUUCAUACCAGUUAGUGUCCGACUCUGUACGUGGUGUCACAGUGGAAGCAUCAGCUGACUUCUGUCAUUUUCAUUCAGGAAUCAUCUUAUUGCUGGAAGGAAAUCUGAAUAGCCUCCUGGAA